CAGGCUUUGCAGCAAGACAUGAGAGAUACCUGCAAUUGCAUGGCUAUCUACUCUUUGUUCCUAUACAACCCAAGAAACCCACUCGGGUACUUUUGAUGUCACCAGGCACUAUUACUCCUCUCUCGACACAGUAUGCGAAAAUGAUUUGGCUUGCAUCAACGGAAAGAGAAAGAAAAAAAAAGUCUGGGGACUCUGUGAGCCGCCUCCCAAGACUACCUUCCUUCUCCUGGGGCGCUUCGAAAAGAGAGCCAAGAAAAGACCCAAAGAAGUGACCCGAAGGCGUCGUCGAGCAGCAACAAGGCGACCACAGGGGACAAGAGAAAGAAAAAAAGAGAUGCAGCGGAUAAUGCGGCGGUGUGGCAUGAUUAGAAAGGGUCACGAGGCAUUCCAAACCUUGGGAAAACAAAUUGGGCUCUCAUUUUUUUUGAUUUGGGUUUUUUUCCAAGUCCACCACUCCAUUCCAGUCCCACCGAGAUAUCCGUCCAAUUGACCUCUCAGCAUCGUUGCCGUACCAUGUUCCUGUCACACCCGAGGUAGACUGAAAACACCCAAUGGGCGAUGACACCCAGCUUUUUCUUCAGCAAGCCAUGAGAUCACUUGGUCAGGACUCAGGACCCUGCUGCACACAACACAGAACGUGAGGCUGAUGGUACAUAUCAACGACGCUUUGUGUAGAGGCACGCCGCUGGAUCACGAAGUUGGAGUAUUCCUUCUGGUGCAUGUGCUGAUCCGCUGCUUGCUGACCUUACCUUACAUAUCCGUAUGGGCAGUGAGUAAGAGAACGGACACAGCCCCGGGCAAUGUCUUCAACGCCCGUCAGCAGCCGCGCAAUGCUGCCAUCAGCCGCUGGAAGGCGUCCACCAGUCCAAAAGAGCACAUAGCACACCGCUCUUCAACAACAGGUCCCCUCUUGUCCUCGAGAGGGCAUCCCGAUCAGCGGCAAUCCGGCUGACACCUGCGGGACUUGUGUCCUGGGGUAUCAUGCCAUCACGGUUCCAUCAAAAGGACAUGUCCGCAAUCCCGUCCUCCGGGUGCGACUGCGGGGUGAUCAGGGCUUGUGUUAGGUGACGUCUGUUCCAUGCCCUGGCGAGCUUGCUGGGAAUAGGGCACCAAUGAGAGCCUGUCCGCCAAGCGACCUCAAUGGCCAACCCAGCCCAAUCUUCAUGUUGCACAGUCCGAGAGACCUUCAACACCACCGGCAUCCGACACGGCGCUUUGGCGCCUGCCUUGUACUGCCGUCCUCCAUUGGCUCGGUGUCGUCUUUGAAGACCUGCACGGCAGCUACUCGGCCCCUCUGUCGGGAACCUGUCAACGCCCUGAACGCUUGAGCAGCGGUGGUGGCGGCACGGGCUGGGGACAAGUGCUACACAAUGCAUGUGCCGCAGCCAGUUCACGAUAGCCUCAGUUGAGCUCCGUAAAAGGGAAAAGUUGGAAGGCCCAACUUUGGGUUUCACCCGCGGUAUCCAUUGGCAUACAUAUGGGAUGCCAAUAUCGCCGAGCGUGGGGGGAGAACCUACCUUACCAUCGCUACUAUCAAUUUUCCAUCUCUGUCCCCGCUUCAGAGUCGCUUCUUGACCGGAUCCGCCCGAUCGUGAUUGAUGAAACUCGGUCACCUGCCCUCAUUCUUUUUGGUCAGGAUAGAGCGCUCCGUGAUAUUCCAUCCUGGCGGAUUACCCACUUUGGCCGCGGCUCCAUUGGUCUCGCCAAACCCCUCUCUGCAACGCACAUCUUCCAGAUAUCAGUCAUAUCAUUGGAAACUGUACGCAUCUCGGCAAACGAGCAGCUGAUUCUUCAAGACUUGCUGUCGAUGACAUGAACUUUUGCUGGCGAGGUUGGGUAACACAGCAUAUCGGCAAGUCAUAAAGGGUCAGUCGGGGGUGUUCAACCUGUCCAGCAGUAGAAAACUUCCAGAAGGAUGCCGUUGGAUCCAAUCAGAGACGUCAUAGUCGUACGAAAGUCCAAGUGCCACGCGAGCCUAGUUAACCUUACGGCCCUUGUGAUGUUGGUGAUCCACUGGCCUUCUAGCUGAUGUCGUUGGCCGGGCGUGCCCAACCUAGCUAUCCGCAUGCCCGAGUCCAUCGGAAGCGGGAGCACCGUCGGCCUUCUUGCAAGACCCAAUCCCGUAGGUUGAACUGCAUAUGUUUAUUGGCGGACCGAUGUCGGUAGCCGCUGCCCUUGCGGACCUUUGGUAAAUGCUGUGAGAGCGAGAAUGAAAUCCCGCAAGUCACCAAGUGACGGCUGAAGGUCACGAUAACCUCUUCGGCCGCCUUCCCAACUCGGAGCGGGCAACGGGUGCUCACUCGGAUGCCUUCCAUAGUAGUCGAAAUAGGGUGUGCCAAAUCUGGAUCAUUCGUGGGGGUCCAGACAUGUGCCGGAGAUAAGGCUGAUGCUCAUGAGUGGCUGCGGACGAGCACGUCUUUAUUCGACAUCAGGAAAUUCUCGUGGUGCUUAUUACCAAGUUGGCUAUGUCAUUUCAGUUAGUUCAUAGUUUUUCUCUUAUGUAUGGCAGGUGAAACCUAGCUCGGUCAGGCAUAUCAGGAUGGGAUGGAUAGCACACCGACGCUUUUCGUGAUACCUUCCUAGUUCAUUGCCGAACGAAUAGGGUGCUCUAGCCAUAGUCAAGAAGCCCACUUGGCCUCGGCUCGCUUCGAAUUGUUUGGGUGACAAGAUGCACACCGUCAGCGCUUGCACCAUCGUGAGCCCCCAACGUCCAACAGCCAGCUGCAAUCCGAUGUCGCAAGCAUCGUGCUUGAACAUCAAAGGAUUAGUGGGAGACAAAAAUGCAAGGGACUCCACCCACACCCGAGGGGAUGGACGCGAUAUGCGGGCUGACACCGUUGGUGGAAAGACGGGAGUGGAAGCCGUGCGAGGUGUCCAGCCAAUCUCAUAGCGAGAGUUGUGGUCGCAAAAAGGGGCAGUAUGUUAGGGCCGAGCUGAAUAAACCCAUGAGAUGUCAAGAAGUUUGUUGA